AUGGAGGAGCUGGGCGGCGUCGGUGCGGCGGAUGCGUGCGGGGAGGCAGGGGAGGGCGCGGGCGAGCAGAGGCGGUCACGGCAGACAGGGGAGCGGCGCGUGUCGCACGCGUGCGCGCGAGGCGUAGGCGUGCGUGCAGGUGGUGGUAGGAGCACACAGGCAGCAGCAGCAGCUAGGCGCAGCGUGGGCGAGCGGUGCAGCGCGGGGCGCGUCGUGGGCGUGGCGACACGGUUCAGGCGACGCGGGCGUGGGGAGGGGUCGCGAUGCGUGGGCGCGUGCGCGGUCGAGCGGGCGCGGUCGGGGCCAUGGUGGCCGCGAGCAUGGCGCGGGCAGCGCGCCGGCGUGGAGCUGCGGGACGCGGCCGGGCGCGGUGAGCGCGGCCCGGACGCGGUGACGGCCGGCGGGACAGAGAGGGAAAGGGAGGGAGCUCACGGAGCCGGUAGGGAAAAGGGCAGCGGGGGUCGGGGUGGUGGUCGAGGACGACGGUGA